AUGAGCCUUGCGGCCGCCGCAAUCGGCAACCUUCCAACCGACUGCAAGAGUAGCAACCUAUCCUUUGACAGUUCAAAUUCAGAUACUCUCGCCGAAUACCUCGGUGCCGUAUACUCCAGCAAUAUUACUAGCCUCGACCUGCCAGACCUCCAGAAUGUCACAUCGAGCUUCGUGAUCUCCCAUGUGUCUUCGCUCUCGAGUUUGAACCUCCCAAAGCCCAAGAAUGUCACCGAGAGCCUGAUACUCGAUCUAUCAGAUGGCAGCCAUCAAGCCUUCCUUCCCGAGCUUGUCCUAUGCCCAUCAUCAAGGCUAUUACAUCCUCUCAGCAUUGAGUUCCGCGCUUUGAAUAAGGCGCUGAGUCUUGACAUCUACACAACAGGAAAGCUUGAUUGUGCAGCAUUUUUGAAGAAGCUAGACGGCGUGGUUCACACCAGGGGGCAAGGUAAAACUUGUACGUCGCGAAUCAGUAAGGGCACCACCACCUCCAGUUCCCUGCGCCUGUAUACGGGCGACAGCAAAACCAGCAUCAAUGUCGGGAACAUCAAACACAACCGACGGACUAAAUACCGCCGCAAAAAUGUCGUCGCAGACCUAGCUCCGAAGCUGAGCUCCAAUGCCAAAAUCGUGACCGAGCAAGAUGAGGAGUUCAAGGCGUUGCAUGGAGCAAUGGAGCAACAUUGGGAAGAAGACACCAGCAGCCAUCGUCGCAGUCGCAACCGAAGCCGAUCUCCAAGAGACUCUGUGUUGCCCACGGCGUGGGAUUUGUGCCUAAAUCCAAGGAGGGCGCUGGCGUGUCUGAUGUAUGUUGGAAAGGGAGAGGCGGGGAAGUGGGAGGAGAGUGCGUAUGGGCAUAGGGGCGUGGCGGCGUGGGUUGAGGCGGUGGCUUGGUAUACGGAGGAGGGGUCGUAUGAGGCGGCGUGGGAGUGGCAGGUAGAGGCGCUGAGGAUUGUGACGGAGAGGUAUGAGAAGGAGUGGGAUCCGGAGGUUUUCACGAAUGUUCUUCUGUGA